GCCGUGAAGGCAGCAGGAUGCUGCUGAUGGACCCAUGUUAGCUUGCUGCAGGACUCAGGCUGAUCUGGAUCCAGACUCCUCAGAGCGGAUGUCUCAGCGUCUCUAACACUCUCAGGUCUCCGCUGUGGUGUUGAAUCGUCGUCUCCACACACACAGGACUCACCGACAGACUGUGGAGACAUGACGACCCGGUCAGAGAGAGAAAAAGCUCAGAAACUCAACGAGCAGCAUCAGGCCAUCCUGUCGACACUGCUGAGAGAGGAUGACAACAAGUACUGUGCAGACUGCGAAGCUAAAGGGCCUCGAUGGGCGUCAUGGAACCUUGGGGUGUUCAUGUGUAUCCGCUGUGCCGGAAUUCACCGCAACCUGGGCGUCCACAUCUCCAGAGUCAAAUCUGUCAAUCUGGACCAGUGGACAUCUGAGCAGAUCCAGAGUAUGGUGGAUAUGGGCAACUCCAGGGCCAGACAGCUGUAUGAGGCCCACCUACCGGAGAGCUUCAGACGGCCGCAAACCGACCAAGCAGUGGAGGUCUUCAUCCGGGACAAGUACGAGAGGAAAAAGUACUUCGACAAGGAAGCUCUGACCACAGCUCCACAGAGGUCAUCUGAAGUCACUCCAGCCUCCACCUCCCCAUCCCUGCAGGCUGACAGGGGCCGACAGGAGAAGGAGCGCGAUAAGAAAAAAGAGGAGAAGAAGAAAGAGAAGGAUGUUGAUAGAGGGGAGAGACACAACAACGCAAAGCAGACAGAGUGCAGAGCCAGUCCUAAGAAAAGCACAGAGCCAGCUGUGGACCUGCUGGGCCUGGAUGCCCCAGAGGGUGGUGCUGCACCAAUCAGCGAUGAACUGGACAUCUUUGGACCAAUGGUCUCCAAUCCUCUUCCCUCAGCCAACAACACACAGCAGGCCCAGUCUAGUUCCAGUACAGCAGCUCCGCAGGCGGACACCUCCACCUCCUCCUCUAUCUCCACCACUAUGACCACAAAGGCGGAGGAGAAGAAGCUUUUAUCAAAAGACUCCAUCCUGUCUCUGUAUGCCAGCAGCUCAGUGGGCAGUCAGCCGCAGAGCCAGCAGCAAUCUGCUCCAGGACAAGCAGGUAUGUACAUGGGCCAGCCACAAAUGCAGUUCACUUCACAGGCCUUCAACCCAGGGAUGGGGGGAGUCACCCCACCCACCACUAUGAUGGGUGGAGGGGCCAUGAUGCCUGGGAUGGCUCUGCCCAACGGGGGUUACAUGCAGCAGCCGGGCGGGAUGCCAGCCAGCCAAGGACAGAACAUGUACAAUAUGCAGCAGGGGCAGCAGCAAGGACAGUGGAACAUGAGCCAGAUGACCCAGCAUAUGUCAGGAAUGGCCUUGAGCGGGGGAGGGCCGACUUCAGGCGCCCCCGCGGCCAGUUGGCCUGCAGCUCCACCGACAGCUUCUGGCCAGACCCUCAGCACUCAGCUGUGGAAGUGACGAGGAGGAGGUCCAGAGGAUGAAUGGGGGGAAACACGGGGUGGUCACAUGGCAACAAAAUGGCCAAAUCUUUCUCAGAUCCUCCCAUCUCCUAACAGCUUUUAAUGAAAUAAUAACGCACAGCAGGGACAGUUUGCCUGUCCUAAAUCCCUUCCCAAACUGUACACAAGAUGACAUCACUCCAAGACACCGUGCAGGCAAGUGGGGAAAAAAGAGACUGGCAGCUGUCGUGUCCUGUCUUUAUCUGGGUGUCCUCGUUUGGUUUCCUUUUGUUGUUGAUUAAGAAAAAAGGCACAAAAACAGCAACACAAAAAAAGAAAGCUGCUGGACCAGUAACUUCGAGUCCUAUUAUAGUAAUAUUACAGUAUAUCUUACCAAAAUGGAUAGUGUGUGAAUAGUCCUUGAGUACUUACAGUAGAUAUGGCUAUGUUGUGGUUGGUUUAUGCUACCCUGUCCUCACCCCUCUCUCUGCUGUGUAAAUUGUAACCCUCCCUCUCCCUCCCCCUCCCUGUAGGGCGAGCAGAGCCUUGUAGCAGAUAAUCGUGUGAGCAGUACUGUAUCUAUGUGAAUAUGACGUGAACCCCCCCACUCUUUCAGAGCCAUAGGAGAGAGGCUGAUGCUUUGACUCUCCACAACCUUGGUUUGAGUUCUAUUUGUCACAUGGCACUGUAUGUGUGUGUGGUGGUGCUGGGGGAUGUUGAUGUGGAGGUGAAGUCCUCCCCUUUACUUAAAUACAGCCUGUGAAGUUUAGCAUUGCUAUGUACCACAGGCUUUGACUGACAUGCGUUUAAAGCUGCUUCUUCGGUAGUUGUUAUUUUGCACUGAUACAUUUUCACAAAACGUGAUCAUUUUCCUGCAAAGAAUUUCUACAACAUUCAGAGUAUCAAAGGAAAGUGUCUCAUUACAGCCAGUAGUGUUUUUUUUUAUCCCCACACAGCAGCCAGCGUAUCACUGAUCAGCUCCAGAGUAAAUGAUCAUGACAGCAGUGGUUCCUUUCUUACCUUACAAGAAUACAUGAAAUAAAAUAUAUUUUUUAGUUUUUUCCAUUUAUAUCAGAAUAUCUGCCUUUUUAUUGUGAGAUACUGAAGGGUCUUGCCUCAUAAUAUCUAAAAAACUAUUCAGCUUCAGCAUCAUUCUUCGAACUUCUUCCCACUCAUACACAUCCCAAACUAAAACAAGGUGUCACGAGUAAGGUCUAAAGAAAAUCUCUUAUGUUAUUACACUAUAAUGAUCAUCUUAUCCCCUACAAAUGCAAAGUGAUACAUCUAGAUUUGAUGUGCAGAAGAAAAUAACUGCUCUACCUGCAGCACUGUCUUCAUCGAGAAUGUUCUUAACUAUCUGUAGCUGUAGGCACUGCGGUACAAUGUGCUAUAGUUAAAGGACCAGUGCUACAUUUUGAGAAACACCUUUGUUUGCUCUCAUGUCUGGCUACUAUAGGUAUAGAGUUGGAGCCUGGAAGAGAUUAGCCUAGCUGACUAAGACUGGAGGCAGGAAGAGACAGCGAGCCUGGCUCAGUUUUUCAUUCCUACCAGCCCGUUUAACGCUGAAGAACGUACAUGUUAUUUCUUACACCAUGCAUACAGCAACUGUUUCCCCGUCUUAAACAGUUUAUAGUUCCACAUUCAGAUAUGUAUCGACCUAAUAAGUAUAUAUUAGCUAAUGCAGCUUUUAUGUUAAAUUGUCACUUAAAAUAUGAUUUUUAGGAAAGAUUAGAUUUCAGUUUUCAUUUUUUAGACAUUGAAUACAAACUGCACAAACAAAACUCAAAAGAAGUAAUUGCCCAGUUCCAGUUGAAAGGAAACAUUCCUUAUAUCUGCGUAAAAGCCAACAAAGGCAGGGAACCACUGAUGAUUACAGAACCAGUAUCAAUACUUUUAUUAGUAGAUGAAUAUGUCCAACCCAUUUUCUCAAACUGCUUCAAAACAACCGGAAUCUGUAAAUGUCUUGGAUUCCCUUUAAGUGUCAGUAAUUGCCUGGUGGCCUGUUAGUCCCUGGGAUGUCUUUGGUCGCCUCGCUGUGAUGUUCUGAAGUGUUUUAAAACCAAACGAGCUGGCUUCAGUGGAAGCCGGGCUCUGACCCAGUUAAGACACUUCCUUGUUGAUGAAAUGAGUCGUUUCCCCCUUUGCUCCCCGAGGCAAAUUAAAGCACUACUGGAAUCACAGGGGUUUUGUCUUUUCUGCACUUUAAAUAGCAGAGCAGGAACUGUAUCUUUCCCUGUGUUGUGAUUUGUCACGCUAAUUCGAAAAUCCAUUUCCUCUAUUUUUUGAAAAUUCUUUUCAAAACUGUACCAGUGUGACACCCAACAUGUUUCUCCUUCAAUAUAUGAUGCUGUAAACAUUUGUUCUGCCAUCCGCCAUCUUUAUUGUGGUGUUUUGUUGUGUGCAGUUCAAGAGAAGCACAGUAAGUCAUGAGAAAAUAAACCUGGACGACCAAUUAGAGGGCUAGACUGGCAGGAGGAGGAUAAUGGGAGUAAGAUCAGCACAGAAAAACGAGAAAUGAACAAAAUACAUAAACACGCACACAGAGCUGCAAUCACACUGCCGAGCUUCAGCGCAGAGAUUCAUGUCCGUGUACACAGGGUCCCUCUGCCAUGCAAUAACUGUAGCGCUCUGUGACACAAGUGGUUAGUGUGAAUGACACAUACACAUAUUCAAUAAAACUAAUGUCCUCCAGGUUUAUUUCCAAUGUGUUUACAUUUUCUGGUGCCUAGUACAGAAGAAAAAAAAAGUGGUUUCCGUGCAUUGAAACAAUAAAUAGCAAGAAAUGUUUUUUCUGUGUUCGUCUUUGUCCAAUGACUCUUUACUGUAAAAGUACUGUUUUAUCUUUUGGGGGAUUUUGUUUGCUCCUGUACUUCUGUUCCAAGUUUUACAAGAGGGUCAUUUGGAAUAAAGGCUGUAGAAUCCUGGA